AUGCCACCAAAGAAAGUCGUAGAAGAAAAGAAGGUCUUAUUAGGUCGUCCAGGUAAUAACCUAAAGGCUGGUAUUGUUGGUCUAGCUAACGUUGGUAAAUCUACUUUUUUCCAAGCUAUUACUAGAUCCCCUCUAGGUAACCCAGCUAACUAUCCUUUCGCUACCAUUGAUCCAGAAGAAGCUCGUGUUAUUGUUCCAUCUGAAAGAUUUAAUGAAUUAUGUAGAGAUUACAAAUCUGCCUCUGAAGUUCCAGCUCAUUUGACCGUUUAUGAUAUUGCCGGUCUAACUAAAGGUGCUUCUGCUGGUGAAGGUCUAGGUAAUGCUUUCUUGUCCCAUAUUAGAGCUGUUGAUUCCAUUUAUCAAGUUGUUCGUUGUUUCGAUGAUGCUGAAAUUAUUCAUAUUGAAGGUGAUGUCGAUCCAGUACGUGACUUAGAAAUUAUUAGUAAUGAAUUAGGUCUAAAAGAUAUUGAAUUCUGUGAAAAAGCUUUUGAAGCCGCUGAUAAGAUUGCUAAGAGAGGUGGUCAAUCUCUUGAAGUUAAGCAAAAGAAAGAAGAAUGUGCUUUAAUUGAAAGAAUCAUUGCUUUAUUGAAGGACGGUCAAAGAGUUGCUAACCAAACUUGGACUUCUAAAGAAGUUGAAACUAUUAACUCUAUGCAAUUGUUAACCGCUAAACCAUGUAUUUAUUUGAUUAACUUAUCUGAAAGAGAUUACAUGAGAAAGAAGAACAAGCAUUUGUUAAGAAUUAAGGAAUGGGUUGACACUCACUCUCCAGGUGAUAUGAUUAUUCCAUUCUCUGUCUGUUUGGAAGAAAGAUUAUCUCAUAUGCCUGAAGAAGAAGCCGCCGCUGAAUUGAAAGAACUUGGUACCGUUUCUGCUUUACCAAAGAUUAUUACCACUAUGAGACAAAAAUUAGAUUUGAUUUCAUUUUUCACUUGUGGUCCAGAUGAAGUUCGUGAAUGGACUAUCAGAAGAGGUACCAAGGCUCCACAAGCUGCUGGUGUUAUUCACAACGAUUUAAUGAACACUUUCAUUUUAGCUCAAGUUAUGAAAUACGACGAUGUUGUUCAAUACAAGGAUGAUGCUGCUAUUAAGGCCGCUGGUAAAGUCCUGCAAAAGGGUAAGGACUACGUUGUUGAAGACGGUGAUGUCAUCUACUUCAGAGCCGGUGCUGGUAAGAACUAG